UGGUAAAAAAAAAAAAAAAAAAAAAAAAAGGCAGGCUCUUUUUGUGUCGGCUGGGUUGUUAUUAUUAUGGUGCUUAGGUUACGGUUUGUCACUUUUUAAAUAAAACACUCGUUUAAUACCAGCAGUGAAAUGCAGACGCUGACUCCUCGCGUGUACUGGGCACAAAGGCACAAAGAGAUCUACCUGAGGGUCGAACUGAGUGACGUGCAGGAUCUUGAUGUCAGUAUAAAAGAGCAUAUUCUGCAUUUUACAGCACAGGGACAUGGAGCUAAAGGCAGUAACGAAUAUAAGUUCAGCCUGGAGUUCCUGGAGCCAGUAAAGGAUAAGCCCGUGUUUAAAGCAACGCAGAGAGAGGUAAACAUCACAGUACAGAAAGUGGAAAGUCAGUGGUGGGAAAGACUGACUUGGCAGUUGAAGAAGCCUGUAUUUCUCGCACCAGAUUUUGAUCGCUGGCUUGAUGAAUCAGAUGCGGAACUGGAACUUAAAGUAAAGGAAGACCAGAUUACCAAAGUCAGCAUGGAGUCAAGGGUUCCACAGGAUCACUUCCACAACCUGAAGAGAGGAUACCUGUUCAUGUACAAUCUGGUGCAGUUCCUGGGCUUCUCCUGGAUCUUUGUGAACAUGACCGUGCGGCUCUUCAUCCUGGGUCAAGAUUCCUUCUAUGACACGUUCCACUCGAUUGCAGACAUGAUGUAUUUCUGUCAGAUUCUGGCUGUUGCUGAAAUUGUCAAUCCUGCCAUAGGGUUGGUCAAGACAGGUGUGAUCCCUGCAGUGAUACAGGUUGUUGGGAGGAAUGUUAUACUUUUUGUCAUCUUUGGGAGUCUGGAAGAGAUGCAGAACAAAGCUGUGGUGUUCUUUGUUUUCUAUCUGUGGAGCAUGAUUGAAAUUUUCAGGUAUCCCUUCUACAUGCUGUGCUGCAUCGACACAGAGUGGAAGACCCUCACCUGGCUGCGAUACACCAUCUGGAUGCCUCUGUACCCUCUCGGAGUGCUGGCGGAAGCUGUUGCAGUUGUACAGUCUUUAGCGAUCUUUAAUGAAACGAGACUGUUCAGUAUCAACCUGCCGUGGCCUCUCAGGAUGUCAAUCAGCUUUGCAUUGAUCUUGCAGAUCUACCUUGUAUUCAUGUUUCUGGGGCUGUUUAUUAAUUUCCGUCACCUCUACAACCAAAGGAGAAAGCGAUUCAGAACAAAGAAAAGAAAGACAAACUAAUCCUGCAAACCAUUCCACCAUGAGCUGGAUGCCUUUUCAUGAAAACUAACAAGAGUCUGUACCAACCCCCUCCCCCGUAACAAAACUGACCCAAGUAUAGGAACUGUAGUUUAUAGUAAUGUUUGCAUGUUAGCAGUAUUUCAAAUAGAAACUGUAAACAAUGCAAAAUAAAAUACUGUACUGUCACGUUGUUCCUCUUUAGACACGCAGCAGUACAGCAGCUUUGAAGCACCCUGUGUGUAAAGCUCAGUGUGAUUUAGAGCUUCCUUUUUAUUGCACACGCCGUUGUUCAGUUUCACUUCUGUACCAUUUCAAUCCUUCUGUCCUUUCACACUUCACCCAGAUUAGAUGGUUAAUAUCAGGGCUGGCAGAGUGCACUGGGCUCGGUGGGGAAAUCUCCUGGCUUUAGUUUCCUAUUACCUGUUAUCUUUCUUUGGUUGAUUUGUAUGUCUAAGCUAAUCCAGGCGAGGUGCAAGUGUUGCAAAAUACAGACUUGCCUUAACCUGGAUUUGAAUCACCAGUUGCCAGUGCACCCUGCACGUUCUAUAUCAGUAUUCCUGUGUUGAGUAAACACAAAAGCAGAUACUGAUAAAAAGAUAGAGUAUAACACUUUGCUGCAUUAAAAUAUAAUACUGUACUACACUACCACAAAUAACUAAUGCAAGCUGUUUAUGUAAAAUCACAAUACUAUAUAGGCAAAAAGGCAUGGGCUGAACAAUUGAAGACAGCAGGCUGUUUAAUCUCUUUCUUUCUACGUCAGGGAGAUGGAAUGCAUUUAUCUGAGGGCUAAAUUAUAAAGCUGAAAUGCCAUGGCUGUGGGAAUGCAAAGCACAGUGUGUGUGUUUGAUAAUGUGACAGAGAUGAAAGGCUGCAGUGUUCUUUGACAUGCGUGUAUUUCAUAUCAGAAGGCCAAGGAUGAUUUAAAUUAAUUUUAAAAAGGGUUGUUUUUGUGCAGUUUUAAUUAUUGCAUUUAGAGUAUUUGUUUAAAACAUCAAGCAGAAACAUUUCUAUUUCAUUCCAUCCUUAAUCCUGUGGUUAUUUUUUUUUUAUUUAUUUUUUUACACCUCUUAAAAACUGUAACACGAGAGAUACUACCCAAGCAGCCUCGAAAGCUGGACAUUUUUACAAAAGGGUUUUUAACUGCAGAGGAAUCAUCUCUUUGCUAAACGGUAAUGAAGGCUCAUGAUUUUAUUGAAUGUUUGGACAGCACAAUCUAUUGAGUAUGAAUGUGUUUAUUACAACCAAAAAUAAAGAUUUCAACAUAA